GGUGAGAUUAUUUUUAAAAGACCGGUCGGAUUAUUUUGGGUAAUUUUUCCUAAAUUAAAAAACAAAAGCUAUUUCAGGGACUAGCCAAAGCUUGUGUUUUUUUGCUAAGCAAUUCUCUCGGCUCUGAGAGAGAGAGAGGAGGAGGAGGUCGGAGAUUUCAGCGGCUUGCGGCGAUGGGGACUCGGGAGGUUUACGAAGAGCGGCUGAGAACGGGGAAUCUUUAUCACGAUCCGACUAUCAAUCCUGGCCUCGGUUCUGCUCGCUGUCCUCGCUGUUUGUCUCUCUUAAACCCCUCCUCUGAUAACGAGGAAUGGGCGAUCACACCGGUUCUACACGACUUCACUGUUGUGGCUGGCUCUGUAAUGGGUGGAAUGCUUAGCACAGUCUAUGGCUUGAACACAGGUAUCCCUUUUGUUCAGAAGUGUGUUAAGGGACCAAAGUGGCUUCCUUUUGUCAUAGGGGUUCCCCCACUUCUGAUGUUCUCUGCAGCUAGUGCAGCAUUUGGUGGUUAUGUUCUUCCAAACUUUACACAGCUCACAGUAACGUCAUAUUAUGCUGCGUCAAGUGCAUCGCAUCAUGGCAUUUCAUUGCUCACGAGGCACGUUGAAGACUCACACACUGCACCCGCGCAACGGGAAAAACUCGGCUGAUUAACUACUACAGGUGCACAAAGUGAGACCCCACUUUCCAUUUUUGUACCAAAUUUGGCGUGUAUAUUUGAGUCUAGUUUUAUGAUUUCGAGUAACUUUUUGUUUUGUAGAAAUUUUGAUGUAGUUCUUAAAUAUAAAUUCUAUACUGUUGUUUAAAUGAAUGAAAAAUGACUUUCACAAAAAUAAAUUUUCUUUGUGUGU